GACACUCUCGCAAACCACACAUCACAAAACUAAACAACACACACUCUCUUCCAACAUGGACUCUCUCUCUGCCACCAAACACCACAACAAUCUCCCCAAGCCUUCCUCCCUCCACAUGGAGGCUCCGCCGCCGGAGCCCAGUCCUCUCCGGAAGAUCAUGGUUGUCGCAUCCAUUGCCGCAGGGGUGCAGUUCGGCUGGGCCCUUCAGCUCUCCCUCCUCACCCCAUACGUCCAGCUCUUGGGAAUUCCCCACACUUGGGCCUCAUUCAUCUGGCUCUGCGGCCCAAUCUCCGGCAUGCUGGUCCAGCCCAUCGUCGGCUACCACAGCGACCGCUGCACUUCCCGCUUCGGCCGCCGUCGCCCCUUCAUCGCCGCCGGAGCUCUGGCCGUUGCCAUCGCCGUCUUUCUCAUAGGCUACGCUGCCGACCUCGGCCACAUUUUCGGCGACUCCCUCGCCAAGAAAACCCGCCCACGCGCCAUCGCCAUCUUCGUCGUUGGCUUCUGGAUCCUGGACGUGGCCAAUAACAUGCUCCAGGGCCCCUGCCGUGCCCUCCUCGCCGACCUCUCCGCCGGCGACCACCGCAAGACGCGCAACGCAAACGCCUUCUUCUCCUUCUUCAUGGCCGUGGGCAACGUCCUGGGGUACGCCGCGGGGUCCUACAGCGGCCUCCACCACGUCUUCCCCUUCACCAAAACUAAAGCCUGCGACGUCUACUGCGCCAAUCUGAAAAGCUGCUUCUUCCUAUCCAUAGCGCUCCUCCUCAGUCUGGCCACCAUCGCCCUCAUUUACGUGAAGGAGAACACGGUGCCGUCGGAAAAAAGCACUGCGAGCGUUGCGGAAGAAGAUGGGUCCCACGGGGGCAUGCCCUGUUUUGGGCAGUUAUUCGGUGCGUUUCGGGAACUGAAGCGUCCCAUGUGGAUCCUUCUCUUGGUGACGUGUCUCAACUGGAUUGCGUGGUUCCCCUUCCUUCUCUUCGACACCGACUGGAUGGGCCAUGAGGUCUACGGUGGAACCGUCGGAGAAGGAAAGGCCUACGAUAGAGGCGUGCGCGCCGGUGCGUUAGGUCUCAUGUUGAACUCUCUGGUCCUCGGAGCCACUUCCUUGGGCGUCGAUGUCCUCGCGCGUGGAGUCGGGGGCGUCAAGAGGCUCUGGGGAAUUGUCAACUUCCUUCUCGCUGUCUGUUUGGCCAUGACCGUUUUGGUCACCAAGAUGGCCCAGCAUUCUCGCCAGUACACUGACCUCCCCGGCGGCAUCCACGAGCCCCUCCCUCCUCCCUCCGGCGUCAAAGCCGGCGCGUUGGCCCUCUUUUCCGUCCUCGGAAUCCCUCUCGCGAUUACUUACAGCAUACCCUUUGCUCUGGCGUCAAUAUUCUCCACCACCUCAGGGGCAGGACAAGGGUUAUCUCUCGGAGUCCUCAAUCUUGCAAUCGUCAUACCACAGAUGGUGGUGUCUGUGAUCAGUGGACCAUGGGAUGAUCUAUUUGGCGGCGGUAACUUGCCGGCGUUCGUGGUGGGUGCGGUGGCGGCUGCGGCCAGUGGCAUUCUAUCCCUGAUCCUGCUGCCAUCUCCACCGCCGGAUUUGGCGAAAACUGCAACCGCAGCAGGGGGAGGGUUCCAUUAAUGAGUUGAUGAUGUUUGUGUUUUUGUCCAAAAAGGAGCACGCACGUUU